AUGAGCCCCCAGCAGUGCCACGAAGUCAAGACGACUAACACCUUUGUCGACGUCCCCCUCGAGGACAACCUUCCCCUCGCCCACGUUGUCGACUUUCAUCUCGAGCAUAACCCGGACAAGACGUGCUAUGCGUGCGCUGAGUCCGACGGCACCGUCCGCGAGAUCACCUACCGCGAGUUCGGCCGCGCCGUGCAUCGCGCUGCUCACGCCUUGCGCCCUGCGCACCAGGGCGCGGACGGCGCCGUCGUCGCGAUUAUUGCACUCUCCGACACCGUCCUCUACCACGCCAUCACCAUCGGCUUGAUGAAGGCCGGGCUCGUGCCGUUCCCCAUCUCGCCUCGCCUCGCCGCCCCCGCGGUGGCGAACCUGCUGCGCACGUCGGGCUCCCGACACCUCGUUACGACGCAGCAGACACUACACAUGCUCGUCGCCGAGCUCAAGGCAGAGCUCGGCGAGGAGUACGGGCUGGUCAUCGAUGAGAUGCCCGCGCUCGACACCAUCUAUCCUCACCUGGCGUUGAAGAAGGCAGAGGACGUGUUCAAGCCUUACCCGGCGUCUGCGGUCGCAGCGAAGCCGGAGGACAUGCAGCUCUACCUGCAUUCGUCCGGGAGCACCGGGUUCCCCAAGGCCAUUGGGCAUACCCGCGCCAGCAUCCAGGGUUGGACAAGACUUGCGAGCGUCACGGACAUCCGCCGCUUCACCCCGCGCCCGCGCUUCGCCUCGCACAUCCUCCCCGCCUUCCACGGCUUCGGGCUCUGGGCGCAGGUCUUUGUACCGUUGUACGGCGGUGCGGAGUCCGCGCUGUUUUACCCAGUGGUCAGGACUCCCACAGAGGUGCCCCCGCCGCCGACGCCGGACGCUCAGUUGGAAACCGCUCGCGCGAGCAAGUCUACCGCGGUUGUCACAGUCCCGGCGUACGUGCACCAGUGGGCGGAGGACCCGAGUGCGGUGGAGUACUUGAGCACCAUUCGCGUAGGCCUACGGCGGCGGACCCC